AUAAAAAAGUGCAAGAACAAAUUUUAAUUGAUUUCUUAGAUAUCAGGGCGUCAAACAAACAAAAAUAAUUAAAAUAAAAGCUGUAAUAAGCAAAGUAGCGGUAACAGAGUGCGACACUUUUAGCAAACGUGAUAUCAAUUUAAAAAAAAAAAAAUAAAAGCAAAGAAUCACAAAAUUGAAAAAAAUUUGCUGCGUUCGACAAGGCGAAAGUGUUCAAAAUUACAUAUCUACACACAUACAAACACACAAAAUGUAUGCAUGUGUGCGUGUGUAGUGUAGUGCUCAAAAAUGCUCUGACGAAACUUCAGAACGCAAUGUGAAAUAUCAAAAUUAUUUAGCAAUAAAAAUUCAAUUAGAAAACAAAAGUUUUGAAAUUAUAGCAAAAUUAUGGCAAAACUCGGCAAUAUCGAUACAACUGGUAUUGGCGGCGUCAGCGGCAGUAGCGCAGGUGGGCUAUUAACAACAAGUCAUGAUGACGGUCUCUUUGCCAUGCUGGCAUGUGUUGGCGUCUUCAUUUGCAUGAUCUCCACAUUGGUAGGCAUAAAAAUUUGGUGGUUCAAGCAUCGACUAACAUUCGACCAUAGCCGUACGAGCAAUGGUGCGGCGGGUGGUGCCACGCCUACUUUGCCGUUACGUACGCGUAGCAGUCGGGAGAAACGCAUGUCACAAGAGAUACGUGAACCCGUUGAGGUUCACGGUGUUUUUCGGCGCCGACAAGAGGAUGAUUUGGACAUUGUGCCAACAAAACAAUUGCCGCCCGUUCGCAUACGGAACCUCUCUCAAAGCACACCCUCACUUUUUCCACUACCCCCAACACGUCGGCAAGAGCGUGUUCGCAGUGCCAUCUUCGAAGAAUAUGAGCCACCUACACGUGAGCCACCACGCCCACCGAUCGACUCACCACCACCACCAACGCGUGAACCGCCACGCCCCCAAAUCGACUCUCCACCGCUGCAACACACACCCACCAUAAGUCUUGUCGAAGAAAUGCCCACCUUCGAUGAACUGGAGGAGAAGUACAGGCAAAUGGAGCUGAAUGAAGCGAAAGAAAACGAAUUGAAUACCGAAGGUGGUGAUGAGAGUAUACUACGUGUGCGUGAAUCACCACCACUACCACCGAAACGUCUCUAUCGUAACUCAAGCAAGGAAGCGAGCAAUGCUGCGGCUGUGGGUAUGCAUAAGUUCGUGAAGGCCAAGUCACCAUCGUUAGACACAGUAGGAACGCUACAAAAUUUGAGUGAACGGCGUGCGACCGGCUACCUAAGGCCCGACGAGGUCGAUAUUAAUGUGAGACUUGCUGAAGUGCAAGAUUUGAAGGCAAUGCGAGCGCACAGUGUAGAAGAGUUCGGCGAACGUCGACCAACCGGUUACAUUAAGUACGAGGAGAUCGAUACGGAUGGCUUGGAUGACUUCCGCAAUAAAUGGGAUUCAUUGCAAACGAACUUAGGCGCAGAAAGUCCCAUAUCCAAUGAGAGCUAUGAUCGUAAAACCUUUGAAACCAUGCACGGGCACAAUUACGAUCACCUUAAUCGUGUGAGUGCGGGUGAGUUAAGUAAGGUUGCCGAUAGCGCGCCUGCCACUUUCAAAGAUGUUGGACGCGGCGCAAACACAGCAGCGCGUUUUAGUUGGCAAACAGAUGAACACUUGGCGAACAAACAGGUGAGGCCCGAAUCGCAGGCGAGCAUCGAUUUCACCAGCGACGAAGAGUAUGCCGAGGAACUCGAUGGUUUGAAGCCACAAACGAUAAUGAAAUCCGCCACGGUAGCUGACUCUACUUUCGGUGGAUACGAGAGUGUGGAGCAAGUGCGACCACAAACGCCGGAAGUGGCGUAUGCGCCUACGCGUGUGGUGAAAUUUGCGAACGCAGAGUUAGGUGAGCAUGAGACGCUGCUCUCACACACUUUGGAAGAAGAGAAAGAUACUUUGAAAAUGCGACGGCCAACAGGUUAUGUCCGCACAGUGAAACCCGAAGAGUUAUGGGACGAGAUGGAAGCCAAUAUAAAACAAGAUGAACGAGAAAAACAUCUCUGGCUUGAAAUCGAAAAAGAUGUCAACCUCAAUCGAGAUUUCGCAAGCAAUAUUGAGGAAGAAUUCGAUAAAAUAAGACAUUCAUACGAGGAAAACGAGGCAGCGUUCUUGGAGGGCAAUAACAGCUUGAAACGCGUACCCAAACAGGUGCUGAUAACGACGCCCGAACCCGAAGGCUUUGGAAAAAGCAUCGACGAAGAUUGGGCGAGUUUUGAAAACUUGAGUGAUGACAAAUCUAAAAAGGAUGCAGGAAAGGAAGCCGGCAAACAAGUCGUACAAUUCAAAUUAUCAGACUUAGAAGACGCUUACGAUAAAGAAUCAGUACUACGUACAGAGCGACGCCCAACCGCUUUUGUGCGCAAUACCAAACAAAUACAGCGUGAACUGUCGAACAUCGACGACGAAGACGAGCAGGCAGCCACAACACCGCACUACCAGACGAGUACAGUUGAAUUCGUGGAUGAGGCCAAUGAAAGCGCUACUAAAUCACUCAAAGAGCGUCGCCCCACGGGCUAUAUGCGCCCACAAAUAUCUGAUUUGGAUGAGGAUUAUGUGCACGAGCACAAUAAAGACAGCAUUUUCGAGCCUGUCGAAGAGCCACUAACCGCACAGACCGAAGCGCCUGUGCGCCCACGUACGCGUCAAAAAGUCACCUUCGAUUUCAGUAACACAGAGUACUUUCAAACACCGCCUGACAGCGAGGAACAGCAAGCGUUAACCAGCUUUUCAACAUCAAAGUUCGCCGGUAACGAUAGCGACAUCACAGCCGAAGAUGAAACGGCGGCACAUAAUUUUCCAAAACCAAUGCAGCGUAUUACAAAAAUCCAUUACAUCGCCGAGUCGGCUAACGAUGGUAGUAACAUUACACAAGAUGAAGCGCUAGCACGCACCAUCUCACCAACGCCAGUGCCGUUGCUUUUCGGCACACAGGUUUCGCUUGAGCAAGCCGAGACCGAAAUAAACGAUAACUGGGCAGCGAUACGGCAGCGCCGACAAAUCACUACAACGUCUCCGCAGCAAACGUUAACACCGAUACUUAUAAAUGCGGACGAGCCUCCAAAACCGGCCUACCGAAAUCCACUCGCCCAAGCAUCAACGGUACAAAGCGUAACGCUGAUGGAGGAACGUGUCGUGACGCAGCAACAAAUGAGUACAUUCCAACCGCAUGCGGCGGCGCGUCAUCAAUACUUUGAGCAGAGCUAUUACAAUUCAACGGAGGCUUAGAAGCGAGCGGGAUAGAUUUAGAAGAACAAGAAGAUAAUGCAAAAUGAAAUGGGGGCUUACUUAGCACGGAAAAGUAUUAAAUGUAGUUAAACCAAAGUUAGGUUUUAAAAAUACAUACAUAUAAUGUGCCAAAAAUAUAUUUA